AUGGGGUUCGUCAAGAUGCUGUUCCGUUGUUCGGCGCGUGCAGCAGCCGGUAAAGUCUGUCUGCCCAUUAAACACGAGUGCAAUAAGGACUCGAAUAGAACGUGGCUAGCCACUGACCGACUUUGA